AUGUCCGACACCAACGCACAAAAGGCCGCUGCCACCACAGCACCACCACCAGCUUCCUCCAAUGUAGACGACGUCGACGAUCUCGACGACCUCGAUGACGUGCUGGACGAGUUCAAUGCGCCUUCUGGAUCGACACACGCUGCCGCUGCUUCUGCUUCUGCUACUGCUGAGACGCCGAAAGCCCAGCCCAAGCCGCAGGUGGAGGAUGCAGCGGAGAGCAAGGUGUCGGGAGGAGAGGCGGAGGAUGUGGUGUCGCAGGAUCUCGCCAAGGAGCUCGCCGAGGGCAUGCAGGCGCUGAUGAAGGAGCUGGGCGGCCAGGCGAAUGCCAAUGGCGAAGGACUCAUGGGUGGCGGCGAGGGUGCAGCGGCUGGCGAUGCGGGUGCAGCGGCGGAGUUCAACGAGGAGGAGCUCAUGCGUCAGUUUGAAGCCAUGAUGGCUGGUUUCGGCGGUGGCGGCCCAGCGACUGCUUCCACCUCGGCUGCCUCUGCUUCGUCGGCGUCAGCCCCUGCUGCGGCAGGCUCUGCAUCCAAGCCGGCGAACUUCAACGAUGCGAUUGCGGCGACGAUGGCCAAGCUGAAGGAGAGCGAUGCGUCGGCCACCUCGUCGUCUGCUGCGGCGGACAACCCUUUUGCGGGCCUGUCGGGUGCGGAAGGCGAAGAGAUGGCCAAGCUCCUGGCUGCCCUCGGCGGCUCGGGCGACCUGUCUGGGCUCGAGGGGGCGAUGGACAAUCCGGAGCUGACCAAGAUGCUCGAGGGCAUGAUGGACGAGCUCAUGUCGCGCGAGAUCCUCUACGAGCCGCUCAAGGAGCUGCGCGACAAGUACCCCGCUUACCUCGCCGGCGCCGAAUCGCGCGACAUCUCAGCCGACGAUCGAAAGCGCUACGAGCAGCAGUCGGCCUACAUCACGCAGAUCGUCGCCGUCUUUGAAGAUCCGCAGUACGAUGCCAAGGAUGCGCAGAUGGCAGGGAGGGUGCAGGAGCUGAUGAACCAGAUGCAGGACUGCGGCUCGCCGCCCAAGGAGAUCGUGGGCGACAUGCCGGCGGAGCUCGAGAGCCUGCCUGGCUUCGGUGGUGCAGGUGGCAACGAGGAGUGCACCAUCAUCACCGACAACUCAUUUGAAGUCGGCAUGGACUGUCAUGCAGCUAAGCCACCUGCGCAACGAACCACGAGAGACGACGUGGAUGGCAAUGGCGUAGAUGGCAAUGGCGAUGGCGAUGAGUUGGGCGACUCGUCCUCCUCCUCCACCCUGCUUGCUGCCUCGCAACCCAAAGCUGAGUCGAGCGCCAUCCAUCCAUACGCCCACCACCAUCACCUCGGUCAAGCGUCAAGACGCACCCACCAUCCUUCAACCUCGACGACAUACACAAUCGCUGCGCCAUCACCAUCUCACGACGCACAACUUCUACCGCCACACUGA